GAUAAAAACAAAACGAAAGUUGACAUUACAAAGCACGUUUAGCGAGAAUUGUUUACAGUUAGAAGUGAGCGUGAACGUGCUAGAUUAUUAAUAAAAUAAAUAUUAAAUAAUUUUUAAUUAAAUUGAUGGUUUUAAUAAUUCCAUUCAGAAAAUAAAGUGUGAUGGAUAUACAAUUAAAUAUAACAACUACGCCGCAACCAAUGCGCAACAAACCGGAAAAGCCAAAACCCUUCAGGCUUGCAAAGAAACCAGCAGGCUCCUCAGGUGGCUUUAGUUUUCAGUUUGGCGGUGGAAGUCAGAAAGUAAAAGCUGUUGUUGCAAGAAAACGUUUACCAGCAGGACAAAUAAAUAAAUCUCUUGCAUUUAAACCAAAACGUGCAUUAACACAAGAUGAUAUCACCUCAGGCAUACGCAGAUAUUCCGAGAAUCCAAAUAAGCAACCACGAGCAGCAGAUUUACUAGAACAAAAAGAAAAAGAAGAACGAGCACAAAAGAAAAGAACGGAAAUGGGAAAAGUUGAUGCACCUGAAAUUGGUCAUGUCAAUAAGCAGGCACGGAAAGUGAAUGCAUUUCGCGUCAAACGCGCUGCGGAUUCAUCAGUGAAAAAAAUCAACUUAUUUCAAAAUAAUCCCGAAGCAAAAGAAAUAGGACAACGUUUAGUAAAACCAAUCACAGAACGUCUCUUCGAUGGUACAAAAGUAGAUUCAUUGGGUUUGCAUCCACAUGCUGUAAAAAACUUACAAGAUCUAUUAGGCAUAACGGAAUUAACCACAGUUCAACGUAAAGCGAUACCAAAAGCGCUAGAAGGUAAAGAUAUACUCGUCCGCUCACAAACUGGUUCCGGUAAGACGUUAGCUUAUGCGCUACCAAUUGUUGAAAAAUUGCAGGAAAUGCGCCCAAAAAUUAGUCGUGAUGCUGGCAUAUUAGCUGUGGUCAUAGUACCUACACGUGAACUCGCCAUACAAACCUACGAGCUCUUUGUGAAAUUAUUGAAACCCUACACUUGGAUUGUGCCAGGUGUUCUAAUGGGUGGUGAGCGACGUAAAGCAGAAAAAGCACGUUUGCGUAAAGGCAUCAAUAUAUUGGUGGGCACACCAGGACGUUUAGUUGAUCAUCUGCUGCAUACAGAAUCCUUCAAACUUAGUAAAUCGAAAUUUCUAAUAUUAGAUGAAGCUGAUCGUUUGUUAGAGAUGGGCUAUGAACGUGAUGUUAAACAAAUAGUUGAGGCUAUCGAUAAACAGCGUACGCAACUUGCAGAAGAAACUAAAGAAGCAGUAGUGCACUUACAGCGGUUGUUGCUUUCAGCCACGCUGACUACAGCAGUGCAAAGACUUGCUGGCCUAACACUUCAAGCGCCAAUAUUUAUCGAUAAUAGCGAUGCUGAUUCAACAAAUCUUCUAAAGAACACCAAUGGUUAUGCUAAAGAAAGCAUUGAAGCAGCUACACAAGAUUUGAUAGACACUGAUGAUGAAACUGGUGUCUUAACAAUACCGGAAAAUUUAAAGCUCAGCUAUAUUGUGGUGCCACCAAAAUUACGUUUAGUGACUUUAUCGGGUUUGUUGGCUAAAGAAUUUAAAGGGAAAGAAAAAUUGAAGGCAAUGGUUUUCAUGAGUACAAUGGAAAUGGUUAAUUUUCAUCAUGAUAUGCUCAAUGAACAGUUAACACAAAAAGUGCUCGAUGAGGACGAUGAAGAAGUUAUUAAAGAUGAAAAUCAUGUUGAAAGCGAUGAUGAUGAUGACGAUGAUGAGCCACUGUUAAUGGGUUUAAGAUUUUUUAAAUUACACGGCUCUAUGUCGCAAACUGAACGUCAAGGCGUUUUUAACGGUUAUAGAGAGUGCAAAUCUGGCGUGCUACUAACAACAGACGUUUCUGGUCGUGGUAUUGAUGUGCCUGAAGUCGAUUUGGUUGUACAAUAUUCACCACCACAGAAAAUAGCAGAUUUUGUGCAUCGCGUUGGUAGAACAGCACGUGCAGGUCGUAAUGGUCGCGCUGUUUUGUUUUUAGCGCCAAAUGAAGCAAAAUUUGUGCGGAAAUUAGAAGAUAACCGAAUAAGAAUUUCACAAGUCAAUAUGGAUGUCUACCUACAAGCUCUAAAGGAUGCUGAUGAUGUGGCGAAUACAGUACAAGAAGCUGCGUCGAAUUUACAACAUAAAUUUGAAUUGUUAAUUGUGGAUGAUAAAGAAAUGCGUGAGAAAGCCUGCAAAGCAUUUGUCUCCUGGAUGAAAUUUUACUCCACGUUUCCAAAGGAGCUGAAACCAAUCUUUAGCGUUAAGAAUGCUCAUAUGGGUCACUUUGCUAAAAGCUUUGGUUUAAAAGAUCCACCAACAUCAUUCACGAAAAAACAUUCAUUGCCCAAACAACAGCCACCAACAAAUCGUUUAACUUACACAGAAAGGGAUCCUGAAAGAAUAAAAGUGGAAAAAGAAACGAAAAAACGUCGUUUCGCCACUACAGUCACGGAUAAUGUGAGAAAUAUGAAUCGGCCAGUAAAAAAUGUUCUACUGAAAAUGCUCCCCACUUCCCGAGCACUCAAUACAUCUGAGUUUGAUAGUGGACUACCACCAAUCAAGAAAAGAAAAUAAAUAGUUAAAAAUAGAUUUCAUGGAGAUAUUAUAAGAUAUGGUUAUCCAUAUAUCUCUAUUGGAAGAGCGUAAAAAGAUUUGAUUGUAAAUAUUAAUAUUAACCUUCUUAAGAAUAAGAAUCUUUCUUCUUUAAGAAUUGCAAAAAACAACUAUAACGUGGUUUGCCAAAUGUUUUUUUUACUUUUUUUGAC